UCAUUUCAGACCAUGAUAGGAUACACAAACAUUGUUUUGCUGUCUCUGGCAGUAGGGUUGGCCGUUGCCCGGCCUUAUGGAUCCAGUGUGGAACAUGGAGGUCAUGGCCAUCGUAGGUCCCAGAGCAUUGGGGGAAGCCAUAACCUGGGAAGUGGUGGCAGUGGAGGUGGUCUUCAUCAGGGAGGUUCAAGAGGCAUUGGAGGUGGAAGUCAACAUCUAGGAGGCAUUGGUAGUGGAAGUCACCAUGCAGGUCAAGGAGGCAUUGGAAGUGGAAGUCACCAUGGAGGUCCUUCAGGCAUUGGAGGUGGAAGUCAACAUCUAGGAGGCAUUGGUAGUGGAAGUCACCAUGCAGGUCAAGGAGGCAUUGGAAGUGGAAGUCACCAUGGAGGUCCUUCAGGCAUUGGAGGUGGAAGUCAACAUCUAGGAGGCAUUGGUAGUGGAAGUCACCAUGGAGGUCCUUCAGGCAUUGGAGGUGGAAGUCAACAUCUAGGAGGCAUUGGUAGUGGAAGUCACCAUGCAGGUCAAGGAGGCAUUGGAAGUGGAAGUCAUCACCAAGGAGGUCUAGGAGGCAUUGGAAGUGGAGGUCAUCAAGGAAGUCUAGGAGGCAUUGGAAGUGGAGGUCAUCAAGGAAGUCAAGGAGGGAUUGGCAGUAGCAGCUUGCAUCAUGGUGGCGGUGGACAACAUGGAGGUUUUGGCUCUUCUCAUCAUGGAUUUGACCAUGGUGGAUACAAGAAACAUGGCUAUUAAAUAAGUGUAUUGUAAUUUUUAGGGCUUUUAUUUAUUUAAUAAUAAUUUUGUAAAAGCA